UAAAGUUCAUGACAUUGGAAGGAGGGAUGAAGCUGUCUGACUGAGGGCCUGUGAGCCUCAUGGCAGGAAGGAUGCAGAAGUGGUGUGAACGUUUAAAGAUAGUUGUGCGCUAUUUAUACAGAUGGGAUCUUGCGGGUUGACUGACAGGAUGACGUGCAGCAGCAUGCACACACACACCACAGCUCUCUGACUUGACAAAGCACAAUCCACUGAAGAACACGCCCACACACACACACACUGAACUUCUCUCUCUUCUUCCUCUAGUUGACUUUUUCCCUCCUGUGCGUCUCGUCUGUUUUAGCUUUUUGUGUGUUGGUGUGAUUAGUGAGAACAGCCAGCCAUGGCGGAGCUGGAAGUUCUGGAGUUUGGAAAGUCAGACUUUGUGCUCCUGGAUGAGGUGACAAUGGAGCAGUUUCUGGAAAACCUGAAGCUGAGGUUUGAGAAGGGCAGAAUCUACACCUACAUUGGAGAAGUGGUUGUCUCCGUCAACCCGUAUAGAGAGAUGGACAUUUACAGUAAAGAUACCAUUGAAGCCUACCGUGGUCGGGAGCUUUAUGAAAACCCUCCUCACCUGUACGCAGUGUCUGAUGCUGCCUAUAAGGCCAUGAAGAGAAGGGCCAAAGACACCUGCAUUGUGAUAUCAGGUGAAAGUGGGGCAGGAAAAACAGAAGCCAGUAAAUACAUAAUGCAGUACAUUGCAGCUAUCACAAACCCCAGCCAGCGAGCAGACGUGGAGAGUGUGAAGAACAUGCUGCUGAAGUCCAACUGUGUGCUAGAGGCCUUUGGAAACGCCAAAACAAACCGCAAUGACAACUCAAGCCGCUUUGGCAAGUACAUGGACAUCAACUUCAACUUCAACGGCGAUCCCACCGGCGGACACAUCAACAAUUACCUGCUGGAGAAGUCCAGGGUGGUCCACCAGCAGGAAGGUGAAAGGAAUUUCCAUUCCUUCUACCAGUUGAUGUGUGGAGGCUCCAAUGAAAUACUGACGUCACUUCAUCUGCAAUGCGAUCCUGCUUUUUAUGUGUACACCAGAGAGGGAGCUGCCACGGCGACAUCCAACAAUGACCGCUCCAACCACAAAGCCGUGAUGACCGCACUGGAAGUAAUUGGGUUCUCAAAAGAGGAGAUUGCCACAGUUUAUCGCAUUCUGGCCACCAUUCUGCUUCUGGGUAACGUUCGGUUUGAGAGUGAUGGUGAGAACGUGCAGAUACUGGGUCUGGAGGCGGUGAACCACAUAUCUGAGCUGACGGCUACAGACUCCGACAGCAUUGUCAAGACCCUACUGUACCGCACUGUGGCCACGGGGGGCAGAGAGGUCAUUGAAAAGGGACACACGGAGCAGGAUGCCUCUUUUGGACGGGAUGCUUUCGCCAAGGCGCUUUACGAGAGACUUUUCUGUUGGAUUGUAAACCGCAUCAACGAUGUCAUUGAAGUUAAAGACUACAACCCGCUGCUUCAUGGGAAAAACACGGUCAUCGGGGUGCUGGACAUCUACGGCUUUGAGAUCUUUGACAAUAACAGUUUUGAGCAGUUCUGCAUCAACUACUGCAACGAGAAACUUCAGCAGCUCUUCAUUGAGCUGAUCCUCCAACAGGAACAAGGGGAAUACCAGAGAGAGGGCAUCACCUGGCAGCAUAUCGACUACUUCAACAAUCAGAUCAUCGUGGACCUCGUGGAGCAGCCUCAUAAAGGCAUCAUCUCUGUUUUGGACGAAGCUUGCCUGUCUGUUGGUAAAGUCACAGACACGGUCUGCCUGGACAGCAUGGACACCAAACUGGCCCAGCACCCCCACUACACCUCCCGCAAGCUCAGCCCCACAGACAAAAGCAUGGACUUUCAGAAACACUUCCGUAUCCGCCACUAUGCUGGAGACGUCACAUAUUCCGUGGACGGAUUUUUGGACAAAAACAAGGACCUGCUUUUCCAAGAUUUCAAGCGUCUCAUGUACAACAGUGCCAACCCUGUCAUGAAGGAGAUGUGGCCAGAUGGUCAGCUGAGCAUCACAGAAGUCACCAAGAGGCCUCUGACUGCAGCCACCCUCUUCAAGAACUCCAUUGUGGCCUUGGUGGACAAACUGGCCUGCAAGGAGCCUUACUACGUCCGUUGCAUAAAGCCCAAUGAGCUGAAAUCCCCAAUGUUGUUUGAUGAUGCUCGCUGUCAGCACCAGGUGGCGUACCUGGGUCUGCUGGAGAAUGUUAUGGUUCGCAGGGCAGGCUUUGCCUACAGGCAGCCCUACGAACGCUUCCUGCAGCGAUACAAAAUGACCUGCGAGUACACCUGGCCAAACCACCUGAUGGACACAGACAGGGACGCUGUGGAGGCCAUUGUCAAUCAACACGGUUUCCAAGACGACGUGGCAUACGGACACACCAAACUAUUUGUCCGAACGCCGCGGUCCCUCUUCACUCUGGAGCAGGAGCGAGCCACCCUCAUCCCCAUCCUGGUGCUUUUCCUGCAGAAGGUGUGGCGCGGGGCUUUAGCUCGUAUGAGGUGCCGACGGAUGAGGGCCAUCUACACCAUUAUGGGUUGUUACAAGCGCUACAAGGUGAAGGCCCACUUCUGGGAGGUGGAACGGAGGUUUGCUAAUGUGCGUACUAUGGCCGACUACGGGAAGAGCGUGGAGUGGCCGACCCCGCCUGCCGCACUGUCCCAGUUUCACAAGAUCACAGUCUUUCUUCAUUCCAGGUGGUGGGCGAGGCAGAUCGUGAAAAAUAUACCUCCGUCUGACAUGUUGGAGGUUCGGACCAAAGUGGCAGCGCUCAGCUGUCUGAGCGGAGACAGAAAAGACUGGGGCUUCAGCAGAGCCUGGGAGAGGGACUACCUGUCCAAUGUACGAGAUUGCCCUCAGACCAGCUCCAGCUUCAUCCGUGUUUCAAAGGAUUGGAGGAACAAAGAUGAAUACAGUCAGGUUCUCUUCUCUGGAUUCUGUAGGAAGGUGAAUCGAUUCAACAAAAGCACAGACCGCGGCCUGCUCAUCACAGACAAACAUGUCUACAAAUUGGAGCCAAAGAAACAGUACAAGGUGUUAAAGAAGCUUCCCUUAGACGCCUUGACAGGACUGAGCGUAACCAGUGGGGCUGACCAGAUGGUGGCGCUACACACAUCCUCCCAGGAUGAUAUUUUGCUGUGCCUGCAGCGAGGGGAGCUGUGCUCCAACCAGGACCGAGUGGGCGAGCUGGUGGGCACGCUGGUCGAUCAUUUCACACGAGUAAGGAAAGUCCCAUUUCCUGUGAAGGUUUGCCGUCCAGCCGUGCAGCUACACAUGCGAGGUAAACUCAAGAGUGUCCACGUGGAAACCAAGUUUGGCCAAACCAAUGCAGAUUUCAAGAAGAGUCGAGAUGGCUUCAUUCUCCUGCUGCCUGGCAACUAAGACUCUGUCCAGCCAAACCACCAAUAGUGUUACCUCACUCAUGAUGCUUGAUACUGCCCCAGCUUUGCAUGUGGGAAAUAGUCCAUCACUGCUUAACAACUUCAAAAAGACAUUAAGACAUGUAUGCAAACAAGUACACAGGACAUUUUGAAGAGCAAAAUGUACUGUUGAGACUCCAUUUGGUCCCGCUCCAGAUAGUGUUAAAUACACUCUAUUAUAGUGUUAAAUCUCUGUCAGAGUAUAAAUGACUCUGCUGCUGGCAAACAGUUUAAUUUUACACUAUAGUAGAGUGAAUUUAACACUGUUUGGAGUGGGUUGAAUGUCCUCGCAAUCAAUUUUGCAAAAUUUACACAGUUGAAUUACCUACAAUAAAUAAGUAAAUAAACAACUUAUUAUCAAAGAUUGCUUUCAUAAAGUUUUGUUUUUAGGUGUUGAGACGCAGGAGAGUUUCUGGCACCUCCUAGUUAGUUAAAUUGGAAAUUUUGGAGAAUAUUACAGAUGAUGAUAUUUUUAAUAAUAUACUUUAAAGCACUUUUAAUUGUAAUAUAUAAGUACAGCCUAAACAAUCCAUUUUUGAUAUGUUUUUGUACAUUUAGUAUAAUUG